GUUCAACACUCUUUCUUUGAAAGUGUGAGAAUCAGGAUGUUAUAUUCAGGCAGGAAAAAAAGUGAUUUCUUAGGCUGUCCAUAAAAAAGCCCAGGAUCUCAUGAGGCAGCAGCAGUUCCUGGCAGCAGACAGUAGUUCUGAUGAGCUCAGGAGGAGCCGGGCCCCGGUGCUGCUCAUCAAGGCCGAGGCCUAGCGAACAUUUCUCACCUCACAGCCUGAAAAUGGGAGAGGGAAGCACCAUCUCAAAAAAAAGAGAGAGGCACCACCAGAGUCUACCAAAGAGACACAACACACUACUGCUUCCCCCUUUUAGUUCCAUUUUUUCUUUUGAGCAGAGGUUGUGCAGGUCUCCAGAAAACAUGGCAGGUUUCUCUCAAGCCCUUCUUUUUGGAAUUCCCAGUCUUCGCCUCUCUGGUGUAAUGGGGAUUCCUCUUACUGGGACUUUCCUGUGGCAGUUCCUGCUCUACACCUGUACAGUACAGCCCAGCACAGACACAGCUGCACUCACACAUGCCCACCUACAGGGUCAGAGGUUGUCUCGGUCUGGUCAAAACCCUGAUGCCACCAACACCUGAGGAAACACCACAGUGUGCCCGGCAUGGUGCAGCCCCAACCUCCCCUCACAGGGAGCCCCUGGGCCCCAGCACUGCCUGGAUCCAGACAUGGACAUUCCAAGUGUAAAUCUUGCCCAAGAGAAGACAAACCCUUUCCUCUUCCUGCAGGGCUCUGAUUUUGUAGGCACUAAGGGUUUAUGGAGCUCUCUCCACAAGACCAUCCAAUAUCAGGAAAAAUCCUUUUUCUUUAAUACAGCAGCUCAUUCCCAUCAGUGCAAUGCUGCCCUGGCUGAGAGCCUAGAGCAAAGUCAGAGGUUUGACACAGAUGCAGUGCUGCCCCAUCUCAGGUUUACAUUGUAAAGGUUUACAUUGUAAAUUGUCAGGUUUACACUGUACAUUGUACAUGUACAGCCACAUACAGGUUGUACAUUUUUUUUCUUUUUUGGUGAAUUUAAAGUAGUGCCAAAAUUAGGUGAAAACAAGAAGGGAGGAUGCUCGGAAUUAUUUUACUUGUAAAAUAUCUGCAUUUCCUGCCUGCUUGUACUGCGUUGGGACUGUUAAGAAGAGAUAAGGCAGGAAGGGUGCAGGAGAUCAGAAUGCAGGUUCUUGAGAUUAGGAUUUCCUGACUUCAUGAUCUGGAUGAGAUCUCACCAGAUUCACUGAUACCUGUUCAGUCUGCUACUCCUCAGCCUCUGGGUUGUCACUGGGGCACAUUGGGAACAACUGCUGGGGCAGAGCUGCUCUGCUUGGGCUGGCCAGCAGUAACACAGCUAUUAAUGCAGCAAAACUCAAUCAAAAAUGGUACAUAAGCUUCCUGGGGAUCUGGGAAAAAAACAGGCUUUAUGUAAGGCAAGUCAUACAGGUAUUCCACAACAAAAAGUCUUAUUUCCCCAGGUGUCACCUGGGAUAGGGGCAACAGGAAAUUUCCCUCUGUGGGAACUGAUGCUCAGAGCAUUCCUCUCCAGUUGUUAAGGACAUAAACACUGUGCAUUAGAGUUGAUACACAGCUGUAAUGGAAUGGGCCAGAACUUAGGCAACCCUUCACCUAACUAGCUAGCUAACUAAGGCUAAUCAUCUGGGAUUCCCCAUGUCCUAAAGGGAGAAAGAAACAGAUUCUGGAGAGGAAAGAGGCUCGGCCUGGAAAAGCACAGAUGGUACCAAUUUAUUAUGUGUGUGACGUGACUCAGAUCCCAAUACAGCUGUGUGUCCAUCCAGAUGCACAAAAACAGGAGUCUUAUGCCAUUUGAGAUGCACAAGGGCAUCCAAAAUAUGCAUAUGGGUGGGAGAUACAAACUGUUGGAUAACCCUUCUCCUUCUCAAAAUAUGAGAGGGGUGGAUUUGAACCAGCAGAAAACACCUGUGUGUCAAGCAUCUGAUCCAUAUCUUCAAGCUUGAAAAUCCAGCAUUGGAGACUCUGAUUUUAUGGCAUUAUUUUUCUAAGGUGAAAUAUUCCCCCCAAAGAUUUGAGGCCAGAUCCCAAUCAUGGUAUUGUGUUGCAAUUUAAUUUAAUUAAUAAAAAUUUUCAUUUAAUAUCGCUUUACAAGAACAGUCCCAGAACAGACAGUUCAUAUUCACAAUCCUCUUGUAAUAGGAAUAACUUUCAUACACCUCACAACAUAUGGGAAGAAAGAAGGAAAGAAGGAAAGAAGAGAAAGAAAAGAAAGAAAGAAAGAAUAGAAGAAAGAAGGAAAGAAAGAAAGAAAGAAAGAAAGAAAGAAAGAAAGAAAGAAAGAAAGAAAGAAAGAAAGAAAGAAAGAAAGAAAAACUAAUAAAUAAGGAAAGAAAUGCCCUAUCCUAUGCUAAGUUUUUCUGCUAUCAGCAAAACCAGAGAGGUAACACAGAUCAAAGCAUAAGGCAGACAACAGGAAUAUCAGGAAAUUAAAAUUCUCCCAAGGCAAUGUGCUGCCCUCUAUCAAUAUCAAAAAUAACAAAAUAAAAAAUAGUUUUGAAUUAAUACAUCCAAAACUGACUUCUUUAUUGGAGGUUAUCAUGAGACAGUAGAACUCAGAUCCUGAAGCCUGACACUGAUCCAACAGGGAUCACUCUCAAAAUCACAACCCUCUCCACUGGAGAAAAACAUCUCCGCUGUUUGUGGCACCCAGCACAGCCCCACCUGAACCAACAUUCAAAUAGUCAAGAGUGACUCUGGCCCCGGGUAAGGGGAUACCCAGCACAUUUACAUCCCUGCACCUGCCCUGCUGCCCACAGCAGCGACACCAAAAUCCCCCCAGCAGCAGCAGCAGCAGCUCUAUAAAGCUCCUCUUGCCAUCCCUGACACUCCACCAACAGCAGCCACUGACCUGCCUCAGCCUCUGCUGCCACAGCCCCCUGGGCCAGCACAGCACUGCUCCCCAGCUCACACCAUGGAAGCUUGUCGCCCUCCACAGCAAUCCAAUGUCACUUCAUUUGGGGCCAUGGCUUUGGCCAUCAUCACCCUGGAGGCAUUUCCUGGCAUGUGGAUAAAUGGCUUCCUUGUUUGUGUGCUUUGCAUUGCCUGGGUCAAAAAGAAAGCCUUGAACUCCAAUGAGAAGAUCUUGCUGCUGCUGGGAUGCUCCAGGUUUUGUUAUUUGUGCUUCUCAUGGGUGUAUUGCUCCCUUUCAAUAACUUAUCCCAAUUACCUUUAUGUGCAACCCACAUUUCAACUGAUUGUAUUUUUUCAAAGCUUUUCUAAUUGUUCCAACUUGUGGGUUUCAGCCUCUCUUUGUGUUUUUUAUUGUAUAAAAAUUGCCAAUUUCAGGAACAGCUUCUUCAUCUACCUGAAACUAAAAACAGACAGGAUUGUGCCCUGGCUUUUGUUGGCAUCAUUGCUUUCAGCCUUGGCUAUCGGCAUCAUCGCCUAUGACUUAGCUGUUACAAAGCUCAGUAUCGACCACAAUUCCACCAGGCAAGGAAAUUUUUCAAAAGUUGGUGGCCAAAUGGAUGAGAAUUUUUUCCAGAUAUAUUUUAUCUAUGGCUUUGGAUUUGUCACAUCUUUCACAGCAGCCAUCUGUUCUGCCCUUCUCCUUCUCUUUUCUCUCUGGAGACACAAAUGCAAGAUGCAGAAAAACUCCAUGAACAGCCUUAGCAUGGAUGCCCACAUCAAAGCCGUGAAAUCUAUUCUCUCUUUUUUUAUAAUAUAUAGUAUUAACUUCAUUGUUUUGAUCCUGUCACUAAUUCCUUCAACAAAGGAAGAAAAUCAUGUGGCAUUUCUUAGUUUACUAUUUUUGUAUGCUUUUCCAGGUGUUCAUUCCCUUAUUCUGAUUUUCAGCAAUCCCAAGCUGGAAAAGACACUGAUAAGGUUUCUAUCUUGUGUCAAGUGCAAGGAUUGCAUGAGGUAGGAACUGUAAGAAAUGCUGGAGCCUAUGCAAAGUCUUCGUAUUUCACUAUAAGACAAAAGCAAUUUUAUCUCUAAUGCAACUCUCUGGGCAGUGUAGAUGAUACAGAUGUUCUCUCUUUAGCACCAAAGUUAAGAAUAAAUCUUUCAAAUUCUUUGAGUCAAAUGAGUAUGAAUUAGAUUAUUGCUAUUAUUUCAUUUUGGUAAUUCUCGGAGUUCAAUUCUUGUCAAUAACAAAUUCAUCUAGAUCUGGUACAUGGGCUGGAUGCAAAGGGACAAUAAGAGUACUGCAAACCUUCCUCAAGCACUUUGGCAUUUGCUGAUUGAAAAAUGACUGUACUCAGCAUCAGGUUUAUUUGUGUUUGGGUUUCUAUUUCUUUCUGCUGUGUCUCUGUUUUUUGCAAUAUUUUUGCAAUUUUACCACUUGUAACACUGGGUGGGAUGGCUGUACCUUGAAGAACUGCAGUCUGAGGAGCACCCAUAUUGGAGACGUCUGAUCCUGAAGGACUGCAGCCCACAGAUGGGGUCCACACUCUAGCAGGGAAGAGAGCAUGAAGAGGAAGGAUUGGAAGAGAAAAUUUUUAUGGACUGACUGCAACCUCUAUUCAGUGUCACCCUGCACCAUGUUGGGGAGGAGGUGGGGAAGUUGGGAAUGAAAGUGAAUUUUGAGCUGUGAUGAAGAAGGGUGGAAGGGACAGUGCUCUAGUUUUGUGCUUGUUCCUCACCAUCCUACUCUAUAUUCAAACAGCAAUAAAUUAAAUUGAUUUUUGGAAAUUUGAGUCUGUUUUCUCCAUGACCGUAACUGGCAGGUGAUCUCCCUGUCCUUAUCUGAACCCAUGACCUUUUCCAUCUUCUAUUUUCCCUGUUGACCUGUUGCAGAGCAAGGGUGAAGAAGAGGCUGGGUGGAGGGUCUGGCAGGUAUCAAUUUUAACAAUCCACAGCAGGUCAUGUAAAUAUUAAAUUAUUCCAACAUCAACAGAACAGAAUCUAACUGUUGAUUUCUUUCACCAGCUCUGGCUCAGAGGGAUAAUUUACUGCAUACACAGUGCCAGGUGUGUAUUUUUCAGAUUACCUUCAAAAAGAUUUGCUCCUGCUCAUGAAAUGAGAGAAACAACCUUUUAAACCAGAGUACCAUCUUAAUCACUACAAUAUUUCCUUUUCCCAAGACCACACAGUCUCCACAGCAGGUGGCAGGUACAAAGUCUUGGUGAAUCUCUCCCCUUCUCCAAUGACACUGGAGGGGAAGGCUUUGAACUAAAAGCAGACCCUGUGUUUUAAAGACCCAAUCCACACAUUCCAUGCACUGAAAACC